AUGUCGACUCCUACUCUCUCAACACCCACGAGUCCUAGCCUACCAUGGCGAUUCAGCAGCUCCAUCAUCAUGGGACUGACGGGCUCCCUGUCGCGAGGGUUUCUUCACGGAUUGAAUUAUAUGGAUGUCAUUGGCUUGGAUACAUUUUUAGAGACUCUGAAUAGAAGGAAGAAUCCAGAGGAUAGAGAUAGAGGGUUGAUUACUGUAUCCAACCAUGUGAGUGUAAUGGACGAUCCGUUGAUUUGGGGUGUGCUACCUUUUAGCUAUGCCUUCAAUCCUGGGAAUCACAGAUGGAGCUUGGGGAGUUAUGAUAUAUGCUUUCAGACUAGAACCCUUUCCACAUUCUUCAACCUUGGUCAGGUACUUCCUACGCAUCGAGGCCAUACAGGGUCUCCUCACGGCGGACUCUUCCAACCCGUCAUGACCCAAGCGAUCCGACUGCUGUCCUGCCAGCCAUUUGUCAAACCUCCUCCCUCUUACACGCCGACCCUCGAAACAUCCGAUCCUUUCAGUACUGGUGCUCUCACGUACAGCACGAAUGGGGUGGACUCGUUUCGUGCUCCUUCUAUAUACCCAUCUCGCAAACACUCGUGGAUCCAUAUAUUCCCGGAGGGAAGGGUACACCAACAUCCCAAGAAGACCCUUCGUUACUUCAAGUGGGGUGUUUCACGCUUAAUUCUAGAGUCGGAACCACUUCCAGAGAUAAUACCCAUCUUCAUCGACGGAAACCAAGACGUAAUGCACGAGUCGCGAGAAUUCCCAAGAUUCAUACCAAGGGCUGGAAAGAAUAUUAGAAUUGCAUUUGGCGAAAGUAUAGACGGAGAGAAGAUAUUUGGGGAGCUGAGGGAACGGUGGAAGAAGUUGGUCUGUCUACAGAAAGAGGCACUUGCACGAAAAGGAUUAGAGACGAACUGGGAGAUGGGCGAGUUGACCGAAGGAUUGAAAUACGGUACCGAAGCUGUCGCCCUGAGGAAAGAGGUAACGAUGAGGAUACGCAUGGAAGUAUUGAAAGUCAGACGAAGUCUUGGAUACCCGGAUGAGGACCCCAAGCAAGGGCUUGUUGACACGUGGAUCGAGGAAGGGGAUAAAGACACUGGCCGUAUGAAAGAUGGUAGUUGGGUGGGUGAUACAUGA